AUGGCCCUUAGAUUAUCAACAGGGAAAACAUUCAGUGCCUACAAGGGAAACAAUUCCCCUGCAGCCAAUGGCUACCCUCAAACACCUUCAUCCCCUGGCUUGCUUUCUUCUGCUGCUUUGGAUCUCAGCAACAAGAGUAUAGGCUCUACCCUGGAUAUGGGCUUACUGACUAUAUUGGCCCCCAAUGAGGAUGAUAUCCUGACAGGCUACCUUGAGGAUGGUGAGGUUUUCCCUCCUGUAGAGCUGAACAAAAGGCCCGACCCAAAUUUUAGACAAGGAGGGAAGGCUCUUGAUGCUCUGGACAUUCCCCCACUUGGUAACUAG